GCCCCCGCCCCCGCCCCGGAGCCGCCUCCGCCGCGCUCCUGGGCCCUCGGAGCCAGUCCGCGGGUCAAGCCGCUACGAUGUGGGCCGUGUUGUCGCUGCUCUGCGCGGGCGCGGGGCUCCUGGGACCCCCGGCCUGCGGCGCCGCCGACCUCUACGUGAGCUCCUUAGAGAAAGUUCACUUUAAGUCAUGGAUGGUCCAGCACCAAAAGAGAUACAGCUCAGAGGAGUACCAGCGCAGGCUGCAGACCUUUGUCGGCAACUGGAGGAGGAUAAGCACCCACAACGCCGGGAACCACACCUUUAAAAUGGGACUGAACCAGUUUUCGGACAUGAGCUUUGCCGAAAUAAAACACAAGUAUCUUUGGUCGGAGCCUCAGAACUGCUCAGCCACCAGAGGUAACUACCUGCGGGGCACUGGUCCCUACCCACCGUUUGUGGACUGGCGCACAAAGGGGAAGUAUGUCUCGCCAGUGAAAAAUCAGGGCGGCUGUGGCAGUUGCUGGACCUUCUCCACCACGGGGGCCCUGGAGUCCGCCAUCGCCAUCAAAACCGGGAAACUGCUGUCUUUGGCGGAACAGCAGCUGGUCGACUGUGCCCAGAACUUCAACAAUCAUGGCUGCCAAGGGGGCCUCCCCAGCCAGGCGUUCGAGUACAUCCGAUACAACCAAGGCAUCAUGGGUGAAGACACCUACCCCUACAAGGGCCAGGACGGGGACUGCAAAUUCCAGCCCAGCAAGGCCAUUGCCUUCGUGAAGGACGUAGCCAACAUCACGAUCAAUGACGAGGAGGCGAUGGUGGAGGCGGUGGCCCUGUACAACCCCGUGAGCUUUGCCUUCGAGGUCACCGACGACUUCAUGAUGUACAGAAAGGGCGUCUACUCCAGAAUCGCCCGUGGCCGAAAACACCCGCGUUCAGGGUGGGAAGCUGUGAGAGAGGGAGGAGAAAGCGGCCGCCCUCGGGACCCCGCGCCGGGAGUCUCCCGACACCGCUCUUCAGAAAACCGAGCGUUUCUGGGACGGGGCUCACCUCACCCUUGCCUCUGGCCACCCGCCUGUCCCACGUCAUGAGCAGGCCCACGGGACCCACGGCCGUCCGGCCAGCUGAAGCGGGUGCCCUGUGGGGACCUCAGAUCGGACACGUCUCCUCCCCACCCUCAUAACGCUGCCCAGAAAUGUGCUCUGACCCACGUGUCCUUGUGCCCCACCGGCGGGCCGCCCUCCGCUCAGAGCCAGAGUCUGCCUUGUGGAGCACUCUCCAGCCACGCCAGCCUCUGCCUCCUCAGUGUCCCCGUCCACGGUCCAGGGUCGGCUGGGCUGGGGGACCCCGGUGAUCUGGCCCUUCUUUCUCUGAGCUCAUCUGCCGCGUGGUCCCCAUUCGGCCCUCGCGCCCCACCCCAGCCACACUGAGGGUUUGUGGUUUCAGGCCUGCCUUUCUCGGGCUCCUCAGCCCCGGGUCGCCACCCGGCAGGGGCCUCCUGCCGAGCGAAGCUUCCCUGGGACGGGAGCAGAGCUGCGGGCCCUGCAGGUGCACCGCCACCUGCCCCGGCCUGUCCCAGAGCAGGAACCCAGUCAGGCGUCAGCCCAGUGACGAGUCAGCACCGCCUCUUGUCCUCUUGAGUUUCUUAGGAUUUCCUUGUGGAAACUGGUUCCCCGUUGUCCACGGAAAACCUGUGCGUUUGCCCCAAGUACAGGUAGUCUUAAAAAUGAAUUCAGUGGCAACAUAGCAACACCCCAGAUACUGCUGCGUGCACGGGUGUGGGAGGUGCACAGGUGCGCAGUGCGGGAGGGGGGCGGGUGCGCAGGUGCGCGGGUGCAGCAGAAACGGCAGGUGCAGCUGGAGGGUGGUCUCUUCUUGCUGUGAAUUAGGCGUCAGAGAGCGUCCGGGCUUGCAGCUGGGCCAGCGCCCCUCGUGAGCUCCUUUGUGUGAAGGGAACCGAGAGGACCGGAGGGACUACGUGUCUCGCGCCGUGAGCGGAGUUCGGUCUCCUUACGUGGCUCCGGUGCCCGCACUGAGGAACACUGCUUUGGAGCCUCCGAGGACCGCCGUGGGACGGGGGUGAUGCUUUCGUCCUUCCCGUGUGUUCCAACCUUUUUUAUUUUCGU